AUGUCGGACAUGGAGAAGCAGCCUGCUCAGAUCGCCACGCCGGCGGCGGAGCCCGAACGCCCCCAGAAAGGCAAGAUUAUCGACUUCCUCGCGGGUUCCAGGCUCAAUGACCCCAAUGUGCUGGGAAGAGACCUGUUGGAGAAGGCUCUCGAGUUUGACGAGGCUCAGCUCGAGCGAGACUCGAUCAAAGUCCGCCGAAAGUUGGAUUGGUUGGUUAUCCCAAUGAUGAUGACCACGUACAUGCUCAGUUUCUUGGACAAACAAACACUCAACUACUCCAACGCGUACGGGCUCCAAGCAGACACACACAUGAAAGGAGACGACUAUUCUUGGGUUGCAUCGGCCCUCUACUUUGGCUGGCUGGCCGGCGCAUACCCUUGGAACGUCGCGCUCCAACGAUUCCCGAUCGGCAAGACGAUCGGCUACAUGCUCUUCGUCUGGGCGGCUGUCUGUAUGCUGCAGGCGGCAGUGUUCAACUUUGCCGGCUUCUUCGCGGUCCGGUUCUUCAUGGGAAUGCUGGAAGGGUGCAUUUCGCCCGCCUUUAUCCUGUUGACGUCGAUGCUGUGGACAAGGCAAGAGCAGGCGCUGCGAACCUCAUUCUGGCUGUCGACGAACGGGGUCUCGUCGAUCCUCGGCGCCCUGUUGGCUUAUGGGUCGGGCCAUGCCGGCCAUCUGGCGGUGGCCAACUGGAAACUCAUCUAUUUGAUCGUAGGAGCCAUGACAUUUAUCUGGGGCUUUGUGAUCCUACGCUACCUGCCCGACGGCCCGCACAACGCCAGAAUGCUGAAUGAAUACGAACGCAUGGUGGCGGUGUGGCGCGUGUCCAAGAAUCAGAUGGGCAUCAAACACCACAAGGUGGUGCCGUCCCAGAUCAAAGAGGCCGCCUUGGAUGGAAGAACGUACCUCAUGUAUCUGAUGGGGGCAUGCACGGGCAUCUUGAAUGGAUGUGUGGCCAACUUCGCCUCGGCGCUGAUCAAAGGCUUCGGGUUCAGCGCCCUCCGGACGAGCUUGCUCCAGACUCCGGGCGGCGCGUUUGAGAUCAUCGGUUGUAUUGGAUUCGGCUUCAUCGCGACAAGGAAGAACCUGCUAGGUAUCACCAUCAUCAUUGCCUGUCUGCCCGGGAUUGCUGGAUUGAUCGGUCUUCUGACCAUCGACAUCAAACACCGCUAUGCGCUGGUAGCGUGCUGCUGGCUGCAGAAUGUGCUGGGGUCACCCAUUGUUCUGGGCUGGACCAUCCCCGGGGUCAAUGUGGCUGGGCACACCAAGAGAAGUACUGUGGUGGGAGUAUUCUUUCUGUUCUAUUGUGCCGGCAACAUUGCUGGCCCUCAUAUGUUCCUGGCCAAGGAGAUCCCUCGCUACUUUACAGCCAUCAAGGGCCUCCUGGGCACGUACUGUGCCCUUAUUGUCUUCCAGGUCAUCUACACCGUCUGGUGUGUGGCCGAAAACCGGGCUCGAGACCGGAAAGGACUGCAUGCGGCUCGGCAGGAGGAGGAACUAUUGGAGGGAUUCGAAGAUCUGACGGACAUUCAGAACAAGCAUUUCAGAUAUACCAUUUAG